AUAUAAACAGUGAAGGUUAAUUGGGCAGGUGAGCAGGUGAGGAACACGAGAAGGAGGCUGAGGGAACAUUUGAUCCGAACAGGUUGGAAACUCAAGCAUCCUUCGGCUCACAUCCACCCCGGCGUAUAUAAGAGAGAGCCAGCUGUCAGCAGCCACCACAAAGCCUUAUCUAUCUAGUUAUCUAUCUGCUGCUGCUGCUGCUGCUGCUGCUGCUUUGGACCCGGACGGAGAGGAACCCGAGCCAACAGCGGACCAACAUGUCGCUCACCUCCAUUCUUUCAGCUGAGGCCAUUGAAAAUGCUGUCAAGGACUGUCAAGCUCCGGAGUCAUUCUGCUACAAGAAGUUCUUCAAGCUGUGCGGCCUGUCCUCAAAGACGCCCCAGGAAGUCAAAGACGUCUUCCAGAUCCUCGAUGAGGACAACAGCGGCUUCAUCGAGGAGUCUGAGCUCAAGUUCUUCCUGCAGCGGUUCGUCCCCGGGGCGCGGACCCUGACCGAGGCAGAAACUAAGAGCUUCAUCUCAGCAGCCGAUGAUGACAGCGAUGGCAGAAUUGGAGUAGAGGAAUUCCAGACUAUGGUCCAGCACUGAGUUUUGCAGAUGAUAAGAGCUCAAGUCUUCAGGUCUUCAGUCCUCUGCCCCCAUCUCUGGAGUCUUCUGAUCCCAGCUUCCAUCCUCAGUGAUUUCUAAUGUUUUCUACUAAAUUCUGUGUGCGCUAAUUGUUUUUGAAUGACCUUUUGUCCAUUUAAAGACAACAGACUUUUGAUGUCAUGUCUUUCUGCCGUGUUGGUCCAUGUUUUCUUUUCUGUGCGCAACCCCAACUCUGUCAAUGAAUGAGAUGAAUAAACAUGUGGAAACACAGAU